CACGCCUCCCUCAUUUGUUUUCUCACUCCUUAAAAGGCACAUCCAAACCUAACUCUUUUUCUUCCCUUCAAAACCGAGGGCCUAUUCUUUCUCAUCUUUCACUUUCUCUGUUUGCCAAGUUGCAAAUUCAUUUUUACAGGAUUGAAACUGAAUACAAAACCCACUACCAGAAAAGUGAAAUUUUAGAGAGAGAGAGAGGCCAAGAAAAGGAGAGGAGCUGAGCUUUAUAUUUCAUUUCAUUUCUUUUUUCUUUCAUAUUUACUUGAUGGUGAUGAUGGCUCUUUUGUCAUGGGAAGUGGCAAAGCAUUUAUGCCAAUUCUGCCUGAGACAGCAGAGGAUAUAGAUAGAGGGUUGCUCUCUAUAUGUCUGCCUUGAUCACAUGGCAUGCAUGCGGUUUGCUAUGAAUCUUGGUGGGAAAUUGAGUCUUAAUACGUUGCAGUACUUGAAAGAAACAGGAGGAAGUGAGGUUACCAAGUUGCUUGUUUUUUAGCAUUCGGGCAUGGAGGCUACAGAGAUUUAGGAAGGCCUUUCAGUCUCAGACUCUGUUUUUCUCUUCCUUUUUCCUUUUUAUUAUAUUAUUUCUCUUUUAGUUUUAUGGUUGUAGAGCCAUGCAUUCGUUUGCUGGUUGAAGAAAAAGAGAGCCUUUAAUUUAGUCUACUUUUGGAACUCAAAAGGUGAUUCUUGAGACCAUCACUUGAAGCAAUUCAUAGUGGUUUCUUGGUGGGAUUUUUCUGAUCAUUUUGAUGAUCAAUUUUUUGACUUUUUGGGGGCUUAGAAUCAUUUGGUUAGAGCAAGUUAUGCUGAGGAAUAGAUCUAGAGCAGUGACCAGCAAGCAAGCUUUAAUGGCUGACCACAGCUCCCAAUCAUCUCCAACUCAAAAAAACUACACCAAAGCCCCAUCUUUCUUUGGUUCUCCAAGAUUCAGAGCUUUCACAAUAAAGGGUCAUUCUGAAACUGAUUCUCUGAUAAGCCCGACUUCAAUUCUUGACAGCAAGCCAUUUCCUUUUGCAACCCCAUUUUCAUAUGAUCAAAACCAACCCAAAACCCCAAAAGUAGUAUCAGCAAACAAAAGCUCCUGGCACCAACCAGAGCCCAAAGGCAUUGGCCUUGCUCUGCUUGAGACACUCAAUGAUGAAAAGCUUGAAGACAAUGCUUCUAAACCCAACAGCGGGAAGGUCCUGUUUGGAACUAAGCUUAGAGUUCAAAUCCCUCCCUUUCCAGCCUCUGCUCUUUCUCCAACUCAGUCUCCGAAAUCUCCAGCUGAUUUCAAGAUCAAGACUCGGAAUUCCCAAUCAUCAGCAAUUGGGUCUGCUAACUCUGGCAUCCAAACAGAGCAUUCAAAUUCUGCUCAGGCUCCCACAGGGUGUGCCUCUGUGAGUGAAAUGGAGCUUUCUGAAGAUUAUACAUGUGUGAUAUCUCGGGGACCAAAUCCAAGAACAACCCACAUAUUUGAUAACUGCAUUGUAGAAAGCUUCUAUAGCUUAUCGGAUCAGUCCAGCUCUGCCUCGGUGAGUUUCCUUAGCUUCUGUUACACAUGCAAGAAGAACCUUGAGCAGAAAAACGACAUCUACAUUUACGGAGGUGAGAAAGCUUUCUGCAGUCGUGAAUGCCGCUACCAAGAAAUGCUCUUAGAUGAAGUUGGGAACUCGGAGUUUGAUGAUGCUAUAAGGACUUGUUCUUGAGUUCUCUCUGUUUUCCCAUUGAUGAUUUUUGGAGACCAGAAAACUGGUAGAUCUCAAAUUUUAUCUUGUCUUUGGCUUUUAAAGUUUUUCCCUCUCCCCUCCCCUGCAGAUAAAAGAUAAAGAGAGGAGGAGAUAUUCUAGUUCGUUGCUGUAGAGUUUAUUUUAUUUAUUUAAAGACUUAUUUCAUUGCCUGA